GCGCAGAAGCCCCGCCCACCGAGUCGCCUGACGCUGAGCUGCAGCCCCCUCUCAUUACUACUCCCGCAGAUCUCCAUUUUCUCUACAGACAAUUUGGAGCGUAGGCUAAAAGAUUUGAAAAAAUGGAUGAAGAAUACGACGUCAUCGUUCUGGGCACCGGGCUGACGGAAUGCAUUUUAUCAGGCAUCAUGUCUGUGAAUGGGAAGAAGGUCCUGCACAUGGACCGCAACUCCUACUAUGGAGCAGAGAGUGCAUCCAUCACACCGUUGGAUGAUCUCUACAAACGCUUUGGCGAGAGCUCACCUGAGGAGUCAAUGGGAAGAGGCCGGGAUUGGAAUGUGGACCUCAUUCCCAAAUUCCUCAUGGCCAAUGGUCAGUUGGUCCGCAUGUUGCUCAUCACACAGGUGACUCGCUACCUGGAUUUCAAAGUGAUUGAGGGCAGCUAUGUGUAUAAGGGAACAAAAAUCCACAAAGUCCCCUCCACUGAGUUUGAGGCACUGAAUUCUAGUCUGAUGGGGAUUUUUGAGAAACGGCGUUUCAAAAAAUUCCUUACCUUCAUCAGCGGUUAUGAUGAGAAAGACCCCAAAACCAUGGAAGGCGUCGACCCCCAAAAGACAACCAUGAAGGCUGUUUUCCAGAAGUUUAACCUUGAUCAGCAAGUCAUGGACUUUACAGGCCACUCUCUUGCCCUCUACCGCACAGAUGAUUACCUGGAUCAACCCUGCAUCGACACAAUUAACAGGAUAAAGCUUUACAGUGAGUCUCUGGCCAGAUAUGGCAAAAGUCCAUACCUUUAUCCACUCUACGGCCUGGGAGAACUGCCCCAAGGCUUUGCCAGGCUGAGUGCCAUCUAUGGUGGGACCUACAUGUUGAACAAGCCCAUUGAAGAGAUUGUGUAUGAGAAUGGGAAGGUGAUUGGAGUCAGGUCUGAGGGAGAGGUGGCCCGGUGCAAGCAACUGAUCUGCGACCCCAGUUAUGCCCCUGAUCGCUGCCAAAAAGUGGGCCAGGUGGUCAGAGCCAUCUGCCUCUUGGACCACACCAUUCCAAAUACUGAUGAUACCAACUCUUGUCAGAUCAUCAUCCCCCAGAGUCAGGUCCACCGGAAGCACGACAUCUACGUGUGUAUGGUCUCCUUUGCUCACAAUGUGGCCUCACAGGGGAAAUACAUCGCCAUUGUCAACACCACAGUGGAAACCAAAAAUCCUGAGGCUGAACUCAAGCCAGGCCUGGACCUGCUCGGGCCAAUUAAGAAGAAGUUUGUCACUGUUAGUGACCUGUAUGAACCCACUGACAGAGGCACUGAAAGCCAGAUUUUCAUCUCCCGCUCAUAUGAUGCCACGACUCACUUUGAGACCACCUGUGAUGACAUCAAGGACAUCUACAGCAGGAUGACGGGCUCAGACUUUGACUUUGGAGAGAUGGAGCGCAAGAAAAACGACAUCUUCGGUGACGCUGCGCAAUAGAGAUGAAGCAACACAGCACAACAAUUCUGAUUAUCAAAAACGCCGCAGACAAUGGAAAUCCCACAGGAAAUCGAAAUCUUAAACAAAAUGUACUCAUCCAUGUAUUGGCUGAUUAUUCAAGUACAUGAUUAGCCCCUUUUUGAGGAAAUCGAUAUAGAAGCGAUAUGAGAUAGUGUUGUUGAAUUAGGUCCAGGUCAAAUCAAAAUUUUUAACUUGACGUAUUUACGGCUUCAUCAUGUUAAGAUGAUGUUUAGUCCAAAGAUGCCAAAUGAAAUAACUUAGAAUUACUAGUAUAUUUCAAAGUGGGUAUGUAUGUGGGAGGGGAAACCCAAUAUUUGUAUCACUGUGUAAAAGGUGUUUGGAAGAACCCACACUAUCUGCAUUUAAGUUAUUUGUUUUCCUCAUCAGGGUGUGAAAGAAAGUGGCUUGGUGCGUCUGAAUAAAAUCCUGUAUCUUACAGAUACUAUGAUGUGAACACAUCCAGGCCUCUGACGUGACACCACAGUCAUUAACUUUGAUGGAGAAAUUUUGUAAAAAUCAAUUGGGUUUAUGAAUGUGUGAGAGCUUGGUAUCGUAUUGUCUUGACCCUCUAUUUUGUCUCAUCCACAGCACAGCCUGACAUUUUACUGUAAACUACCCGAAACUUCAGUUGUUAUAAUGCAGAAGUGGAUAUGUAUUAGUUAUUGUAUUAUGCAAAAAUUAUGGAAGUACCCGGUGCAUUGAGAGCGGAGUGAUGGGCAGUGAAGUUGUUAGACUGUAAUUUGCUUCAGAAGGACCAAAAUGUGCACUGCAGUAGUAUUGAAUUGAUGAGAGUCCAGUGAUGUCUAACUUUUCAGCUUGUGGCUCAAAUGAUUUCUGUACUGCAAAGUAAAAAAAGUCAAAAAAAAAAUGCUGUUUGA